CUUAAAUUUUGAUGGUAAAAUUACGUUUAGGUACCCAAAAUUUGUUUUUUUACAAUUUAGUCCCUAAACUUUUAAACUUUUGCAAAUAGGUCCUAUGUGUUGGCAUGUAUAAUUUCAUGCACUAGUUGUUGCCAAGGGUCAGAGGGUCAAAAAGUGACCCGACUCUAAGUUGACUUGACUCUAUCCGACCCUUAAAGGGUCAAAAGAUAACCCGACCCUAAACUAACCCUGUCGAUAUACUGACCCAACCCGACUCUCAAGAUCGGGACGAAUCAAUGCUUUUUAAGGUCAAACUUACCCCCCUAGUCUGAUGGAUUAACCAAACAAAAGAUUGAAGAACACUUGCAUAUACAUAUGAGUCGACUACCUGCAGAUGUGUGAAGAAGUGGACAAGCAGCAAGAAGGAAAGAGAUGUCCACCUCCCCAAAUCUUCGCACCGCACGGAGCAUCUAAACCCACCGUUUCUCCAACAAGCAUAGCCACCCAAAAACAUGAUCCUGACGCCGAUGCGGCCCACAAACGUCCACUGAUCCCUGUGCUUUUUUCCCCCACUCUCGACAUGGCCAGCCCUGCGUCAUUCACACAAAGCACGACAAAAACCAAAACCAAGUACUCGUUUGGACUCUAAUGCGAAGUAGUAGUACUGUAGUAGUAACCAUAUCUCUUACCAGCCUCUUCAACCCACCGGGGAGUUGAGAUUUUAGGAAAAAGAGCAGCCACCCUUUUCCAUGGGGAUCUUUCGCCUCUGUUGGGGACUCCUGAAAGAGACACCACCUCUCUGAGGAAGUCGUGGACAAGCUUGUUGCCUUCACUUUUAUUUUCUUUUGGGGAAGAGAGAAGGGAUAGAGGUGGCCUGUGAAGCGCUGGUUAUGUGUGUGGCUCUUGUUUUUUCCCUUAUCCCCCGCCUCCUCUGCUCCCUUCCUAUAUUUUGUUUCACCACAUUAUGCUGCUGCCGUUCUUUCUUCUUCAAUCUCCUCAUUUCAGCUCUACUAAUCCUCCUCCAGGUUUAGUCGCUCUGCAUGCUGAGCGUCGUCGUCUCUCUUACUUCUUCUUCGAUGAGCAUGUCGAGCGGGAAGUUGCAGGACGAGUCUCAGUGGUCGUCGGAGGAGCUGAAGCUGUCGCAGUUGCUGGACACUCAGGCGGUGAGGGAGCUCCACGUGGCGAUCCAGAGCCAAUGGGAUCCCAUCCGGCUGUCGGCGUGCCAGACGGCAGCGGGGAGGGCGCUGUGGAGGCACGUGAUCCACGACCCGCUGGCUGACCUGCUGGCGGGGGAGACGUACCUGAGAAGUCUGCACCAGAAGAUCAAGAAAGACCUGCUCAACAAUGCGAGGGAGACUUCCGGGGUGAUCCUCGCCGUUCGGACUUUGUGGUUCGAUUCCAAGAUCGACGCCGCCUUGAGUUCGUUCGCCGGUGAAGCUCAGGUAGUUCUCCUUGGUGCAGGCAUGGAUACAAGGGCGUACCGGCUAACCAGCUUGAAGCAAACUGAUGUCUUUGAGGUCGAUUUCCCCGACGUCCUAGAAGUGAAAGCCACCCUUCUGGAGGCAGCAACAAAAUCGAUGAACGAACACAAUCCCCUCAAGAUGACAGCAAAAUCCCUCGAAAGGGUAGCUGCAGACAUCAGAAAUGGUGAUUGGGUUGAGAAGCUUAAAAGAUCAGGUUUCGAACCAGAGAAGAAGACAGUAUGGGUUCUAGAAGGCAUCCUAUAUUACCUGUCCCAUUCACAAGCCUUGCAAGUACUGAAGACCAUAGCGGACAAGUGCUCCCUUGCCCACACUAUCCUUCUCGGUGACUUCAUGAACAAACCAUCGACCACCAUGUCUAGCUCUCUCUUUCACUUCUAUAGUGAUUGGCCUGAUGAUCUCCUCCCGUCUUUAGGAUUCUCCGAGGUAAAGCUGUCGCAGAUAGGGGAUCCAGACGCCCAUUUCGGGCUCAUGGAUGAUCAGUCAAAUCUGUUCAACAAACUCCGCGGCUUGCCGAGGUCAGCCCAGAUCCACCCUGAUGAUGGAACGCCUUGUUGUCGCUUGUAUUUAGUGCAGGCUUCAGGCCUGCCCAAUGAAACCAACAUAUAGAACUUGUACAAAUGAUGCGGGAUCCACAUUAAACACUAUAGCAUAGAUGCCAGCAUUGUUGCCAUUUUGUUUUGUUCAAUAAAUGCAAGAUGCAAUCUUAGUUUUGCGACA